AUGAAAUCAUAUUCUGUUCGACUAAUUCCUGUUUGCUUAAAGAAAAUUAUGAAAAUGAAUGCAUCAGUCAUAGCCGAGAAGAAGAGCAUAAUCGAAGGCCAGGCUGAAAUACGUGUGUCAUCACAGAAAGUAUUUUACAACCCUGUACAAGAGUUUAACAGGGAUUUAAGUAUUGCUGUACUCAGUGUGUUUCUUGAUGAUUUUAAAAAAUCAUUUAUUGAAAAAGCUCAGAAAAAAGCUAAAAGGCUAACUGCAGAAGGUAUUGAACCUGAAAAGACCAUUGAGGUUCCUAUAACAAUUUUAGAAGCCCUAUCAGCCACCGGCUUACGAAGCAUAAGGUAUGCUAAAGAAGUACCAAAUGUUACUAAAAUUAUUGCCAAUGAUUUAUCUGAGCAAGCUGUUGAAACUAUUAAGGAGAACAUUGUGUAUAAUGGGGUUGAAAACUUUAUUGAUACCAAUCAUGAUGAUGCAUGCAUGCUGAUGUACAAGCACAAAUUUCAUUCUAAAAGAUUCACAGCUAUUGAUCUUGAUCCAUAUGGCUGUCCAUCAAUAUUCUUGGACUCAGCAGUACAAAGUGUUCAAGAUGGUGGUUUAUUACUUGUCACUGCAACGGACAUGGCAGUGCUGGCUGGAAAUUCACCAGAAACAUGCUAUUGUAAAUACGGAGCUGUAAGCCUUAAAACUAGAAGUUGUCAUGAAAUGGCAUUAAGAAUAUUGCUUCAAUGUAUAGAGCAUCAUGCUAAUAGAUACAGCAGAUUUAUAGAACCCAUACUCAGUAUAUCAGCAGAUUUCUAUAUACGAGUUUUUGUCAAGAUUCACUCUGGUGCAUUCCAUUGUAAGAAAACAACAAGCAAAUUAUCAAUGGUGUACCAGUGCGUGGGUUGUGACAAUUUAACACUUCAGCCUUUGGGUGCGUUUAAAGCUAAUCCGACUGAGAAAAAUCCAGGUCAAAUAAAGAGUUGCUUACCACUUGUACCACCAGUUGGAGAAUUCUGUGUUCAUUGCAACCAUAGACACCAUCUAGGCGGUCCAAUAUGGUCUGCACCUAUUCACAACAUAGAGUUUGUUAAUCGUCUUUUAAACCAUGUUGAAGAGAAUUCACACAAAUUCGGAACAGCAAAACGAAUAAUCGGCGUGUUGUCUAUGGUCCAGGAAGAACUGCAGGAUGUUCCAUUAUACUAUAUAGUUGAUAAACUCUUUGGUCGAGUUCAUUUGGAGACUAUGCCUAUGUUGCAGUUGAGAUCUGCAAUUCUUAAUGCUGGAUAUCAAGUAUCCUUCUCCCAUGCUUCGAAAUUAUCUAUAAAGACUAAUGCGCCGGCGCAACUUAUAUGGGAUAUUAUCAGAACUUGGGAGAAGACACACCCCAUUAAACAGAAUAAAUUGGAGACAGAUGAAGCAGCUAAGUAUAUUUUAAGUCAAGAAAUUAAGAAUAACAUAGAUUUGACAGAACGAGCAGAUGCAAAUCCAAAUAGUAGACGGAAUGGCGCCUUACGGUUCCAAUUCAACCCUACACCGUACUGGGGCCCUGGCUCUAGAGCCUCUAUCAACGUAAGUGAAGGCAAGAUGCAUAAAGCAGCAAAAAAUCAGAAUAAGAAACGUAAAAAGCAAGAAAAAAGAGAACAUUCUCCACAGAGUGAUAAUGUCGAACGAAAAAAACAGCACGUUAGUGACAAAAUUACAGUUGAAUAA